AUGAAUGGACAACAGUAUCCAACGUAUAAAGAUACAUGCCUUGCCCUCAGCUUGCUAGAAGACGACAACCAGUGGGACUGUAUGCUUUCUGAAGCAGCAUUAAACUUUAUAAAUAUGAGUAAGAGCGGAAGAGCCAAGCGUCUUGUAUCAUUGUGUAAUACAACUACUAAUAAUUUCGAAACAUUGACUCAUGAUUAUUUAUCUGACUCUAAUAGUGAGUUAGCAUUUGAUCAAUCAAGUGAUGAAGAGUAUACUUCUUACAAUAACACUGUUCAAUCUGAAAAUGAGAGCAGUGCUGAGAUAGCAAUUAUGAAGGGAAUAGGUAAAGAGGAGAUCAUUCGAGCAAGUUAUGAAGUAGCUAACCUGAUAUCUCGCGAAAAUAAAAGUUUUAGUGAUGGGGACUUCGUUAAAAAAUGUAUUUUGGCAAGUGUAAAAGAAAUUAUUCCAGAAAAAAUGUCUGUAUUCGAAAAUAUCAGUUUAUCUCGACACACUAUUACCAGGAGGGUGGAAGACAUAGGAGGUGAUCUAAUGUCACAGUUACAAAUAAAAUCGAAAACGUUUAAAUUUUUUUCAUUAGCUUUGGACGAAAGCACUGAUUUAACAGAUACUGCUCUAUUUAUUAGAGGAAUAGAUACAGAUUUUAAUAUAACGGAAGAACUUGCUUCAUUAGAAAGUAUUUCUGGAACUACAACAGGAGCUGAUAUUUUUGAAAAAGUGAAUUCUUGUUUAACAAAUUUAGGAUUGACCUGGGAAAAACUUUGUAGUAUUACAACAGAUGGGGCUCCAAAUAUGGUUGGGCGAAAUACCGGAUUAAUUGGGAGGAUAACAGAGUUCACAACUUCAAAAAUGUUUGAAACACCUAUAUUUUUACACUGUAUUAUUCACCAACAAUCUCUGUGUGGUAAAAUUAUGAAUUUGGAACAUGUAAUGAAAGUUGUUACAAAAACAGUAAACUUCAUUAGAUCUCACGGAUUAAAACAUAGACAAUUUGUAGAAUUUUUAAAUUAA